CCUUGGGGCUUCUCCGCCCAGGACCGCCUGGCUUGGAUACCUCCCUCUACCGGCAGGAAAAGCGUUGGAGCCCGACGCCGGAGAGUAGAUCACCAAAACGUGAGCCACUAAACGCUAUCCUGGACCAAAUUCUUAACCUCCUAAAUAGAAGGAAAGAAAGGGCUGCUCCCUCUCUGCUUCCUCAUUUGGAAAGCAAGUAACAAGACGCUUAAGUAACAAGUAACAAGGAAAGACACUGCUGAUCCCGUAACAUGGAGGACUGCCUUCAUACCUCAUCUGAGAAUCUGUCCAAAUUGGUCAGCUGGGCCCACAGCCAUGGGACUAUUUGCAGCCUCAUUCCUAACCUGAAACACUUGCUUUCGGAAGGUUCCCACGGGAACCUGACAGCAAUGUGGGGCUGUAGUGCUGGCCACGCUUAUCACUGGCCACUGACAGCUACUUGCAGAGCUGGGUCCCAAGAAAGGGUUUGUUUCCAGGAUAACAGAAGUUUUAACUCUGAUAGUCCCAGUAUAAUUGGAGUGCCCUCUGAGACACAAACUAGCCCAGUGGAAAGGUACCCUGGGAGACCAGUGAAAGCGAAGCUAGACUGUAAUCGGACCAGAGACUCUUGUGACUUCUCUUAUUGCAGUGAGCCUUCUGAACUUGAUGAAGCUGUUGAAGAAUAUGAAGAUGAAAACACCUUGUUUGACAUGGUUUGUGAGUCUUCUGUUACAGAUGAGGAUAGUGACUUUGAACCCCAAACCCAAAGGCCUCAAAGCAUUGCUCGAAAAAGGCCUGGAAUAGUCCCGUCUUCUCUCCAUUCAAGUUCCCAGGCUCAGAUGGUUGAUGAAUGCAGCAGUGAUGUCAUCAUCAAGAAAAUCAAACAAGAGAUUCCGGAAGAUUAUUACAUUGUGGCAAAUGCAGAACUGACUGGAGGAGUCGAUGGACCAGCUCUGUCAUUGACACAGAUGGCAAAACCGAAGCCUCAGACUCAUGCUGGUCCCUCCUGUGUAGGGUCUGGUAAGCUAAUUCCCCACGUAACAUCUGCCAUCAGCACAGAGCUAGACUCACAUAGUGUGUCUGCCUCCCCCUCUGUGAUGACCAGACCAAUGGUGCAGAAGACUGCCAGGGCAUCUCUGGCUUCACCAAACAGAGGACCCUCUGGUGCCCAUGGCACCAACCAGCAGGUGGCCAUGCAGAUGCCUGUGAGCACAUCCCAUCCUAACAAACAGAUCAGCAUCCCUUUGUCUGCCCUGCAGCUACCUGGACAGGAUGAGCAGGUUGCUGCUGAAGAUUUCCUGCCCCAUCUGCCCAGCCAGGUGUCCUCCUGUGAGGUAGCCCUUUCUCCCUCAGUUAACACAGAGCCAGAAGUGAGCUCCAGUCAGCAGCAGCCCCAAGUGGCUCCAACCAUAACCACUGAGGCCAUGGCACAGUGCAUACCAGACCAGGAUGAAAGAGCAGCUGAGCUCAGCAGAGAACAGAAUGAGAAAACCAUCCGGAGCACGCAGACUGCGCUCCGCAAUUUCCCCUAUUCUACUAAACUCAACAAAUUUCCUGUGUUUAAUGUUAAUGAUGACUUGAAUGAUCUGUGUACCAGUGCAGUAAGCCCAAAUACUACCAAAGCCACACGGUAUGCCCUGAACGUGUGGCGAUAUUGGUGCAUGACCAAUGGGCUCAAAGAUCACACGGACAUCACCAAGAUCCCUGCAGUGAAGUUGAACGAGCUGCUCGAGAAUUUUUACGUCACCGUUAAGAAGAGUGACGGCUCGGACUUCCUGGCCACCUCGCUGCAUGCCAUUCGCCGAGGCCUGGACCGCAUCCUGAAGAAUGCAGGUGUGGGCUUUUCCAUCACCAGCAGCACCUUCAGCUCUUCCACCAAGAAACUCAAGGAGAAGCUCUGGGUCCUGAGUAAGGCAGGGAUGUCAGGUGCCCGUUCUCGCAACAUCAUCUACUUCUCCCUUUCCGACGAGGAGGAGAUGUGGCAGGCAGGGUGUCUAGGGGAUGACAGCCCCAUCACUCUCCUGUCCACUGUGGUCAAGUACAACAGCCAAUACCUGAACAUGCGGACACUGCAGGAGCAUGCAGACCUGAUGUAUGGUGACAUUGAGCUGCUCAAAGACCCCCAAAACCAGCCCUACUUUGCCCGGACAGACAGUGUCAAGCGGGAGAGCCGGAGUGCUUCCACCAGAAUAUGUCAUGGGAAAAUCUACCAUGAGCAUUCCAGGGGACACAAACAGUGCCCUUACUGCCUCCUCUACAAGUACAUGUACAUCCACCGGCCACCCACCCAAAUGGAGGCCAAGUCCCCUUUCUACCUUACUGCCAGGAAGGAGGCUAUAGACAUGGGCAGCGUGUGGUAUGAGGAGCAGAGGAUGGGACUUCGGUCUCUUCGGGGCAUCGUUCCAAACUUAGCCAAGAAGGUGAAGCUGGAAAACUGUGAGAACUUCACCUUCGUCUCAUUUACUCAGGUCUCCAGGAGGCUCGGCUCCCACAGCUGCUGCCAGUGAGCCACCCCUGGGUCCAGGCCACUGCUCCGCAGCAGCCGGGGGCGACCGUGACCUCGUGGCCAGGCUGGUCUCUGUCAGUGUGACCUGCUACUUCUUUGUCUUUGGGGUUUUUUUUUUAACUGAAAGUAGAUGAUUCUGAAUAAUUAGGAAGUUUUAUCCAAAUGUGUGUCACCUUUGUUUAAAUUAUAGGAUCUAAUACAAUGUGUAAUUGCUACGUACACAGGAACAAGGGAGUUUAUUUUGUCUAGUGCCUUUUUAGCACAGAUUUUCUCAAAAAAAAAAAAAAAGAAGAAAACUGUUGAAUUAGUGAUUUUUCAAAAAUCCCAGUAGCCUAGUAGCUU